UUUCAAGUGAUUCAUUGCCAACAUUCGCUUUGACGCUGAUAAAAAAGGGCUCUCUCCAGCCCUGGUAUCAGUAUUAGAGAAUCGCAAACCGAGGCAAGAUGUUCGCUGCGGACCGUGUUUUUGCAUUUAUUUUUACGCUCAGUCUCUGCUUGAGCUAUGCCCUUGCCACCGAAUGUCCGCACUGCAUAGGAGUUGCGGCGUGCGGAGCUAAUCAAACCAUUCCCAAAGUUACCUGCACACCAGAAGUCGUGAAUCAAACAGUGUUCCAGUUGUCAACAUUUUAUAAAAAUGCGAGCGACUUCAUGGGCAACUCCACGCAAUACGGCUGCGUUAAGGUGAACUUUAUUCAGAGUGGCUUCAAGGAGUACACAUUUUCCGUGCAAGGAUGUACGUCGGGCAGCAAAAGCGUUUGCAGCCAGCCUACGGUUUCUUUCAAUGGCGAACUAUCCUGCUCUUACUACAGCGGUAGCCAUAGGCUGUAUGCCAGUGCUCUGCUAAGUGUGGCUCUCAUCGUCGGUGCAUUAGUGGUGUCAAGCUAACGAUUCAAAAUCAUAUCAUCUGUCCCUCGAGUGGGUUCAAGCUAACGCCAUCGAGUGACACGAAAUAAACCGAUGACAAUCGCG